CAUCAGUCACAGAAUAGCACUAUUUGCUGAGAGAAUAAAAUAGAUCUUCUCGACUCUUGUCACUACUACCAAUUACUCAAGAUGCAUGAAGGUCGACCACAUCCUCUCCUCGCUCAGGUCCCGCUGACAGUCUCUCCAUUCGUCUCUCUCCCGACUGCCAACACUCUGCCCUACACGUAUCAGUCACUACCUUCGACGCUUCCCCCAUCUAUCAUUGAUGACCCAACUGGCGGCGCCGAGAAGCCCAAAUAUGUAGUGUCAAGCAGCGGCCACGCUGCCCAUCCUGAUGACAUUAUCGCAUCAUGUCGGGCGCUGCAAUCACACCUUGAGAAGCUCCGUGACGAUGCUGAGAAGACACUGAGAAAGUAUGACGAGGAUGUCAAGCAGCAGGACCUGGCGGAGAAACGGAAGAUUGCACCGGGCUGGCUAGAUAGCGACGCCAAACUUCUCGAGCCAGAGAAGAAGGCACAGCCAAAUGAGCCAGCAGAUCAGAAUGCAUCAGCCCAGGAAGAUUUACAAAUGAUAGGGCAGGGUUUGGCUCCUCUACAACGACAUGUUCCAGCUGGUGGUGAUGGCGGGGAAGGAGAAGAGUUAGAUCGCGCGUUUGGAGGGCUAGGACUACGAUGACCAGUUGGUGUCACGAAUUUGGUCUCUCACUUGAGUGCUGUCUCAUUCUUAUUUCUCAACAUGCAUAAUGUCCACAUAGCAUAAUAUCAAUCAGGACUCUGCAUAUUCACAGUACUGUUCAUACCCACUGGACCAUCUCCGUCGACUCUGGUUAGUCCAAGGCGGUGAGCAAUUGUGCACACAGAGCUUCAACCGUCUCCCGUAAUCCUCUCGUCCC